GUGAGGCGUUCACUGCGCUGUGCUGUCGGUGAGCGGGGAUUGUUCAGUGUGACCUGUGAGGCGUUCACUGCGCUGUGCUGUCGGUGAGCGGGGAUUGUUCAGUGUGACCUGUGAGGCGUUCACUGCGCUGUGCUGUCGGUGAGCGGGGAUUGUUCAGUGUGACCUGUGAGGCGUUCAGAGCGCCGUGACGCUGUCGGUGAGCUUUGAGGCGUUCAGAGCGCGGUGAGAGUGUCGGUGAGCAGCGCGUCCGUCGUUCCCACAGAAAAGCAGCCAGAGGAGGAGAAAGUUCUCCUGUGCUGGAGGAGGAGGAGGCGUAGAGGAGCAGCAGUGAAACUGUUUUCAAGCUCCAACGAGGUUGCUAUGGUGAACAGCAGGGCAGAGGCGCCCACUGUGACUGUAAUGGGUGGUGGUGAGGGGAGGUCCUGUGCAGGAUGUGGAGGUCGAAUCGCAGACCGCUUCCUCCUCUUCUCCAUGGAGCGCUACUGGCACACGCGCUGUCUGAAGUGUUCCUGCUGCCAGGCUCAGCUGGGCGAGUACAGCAGCACCUGCUACAGCAAAGGAGGCAUGAUCCUCUGCAAGAAUGACUACAUCAGACUGUUUGGACACAGUGGAGCCUGCAGUUCUUGUGGACAGUCCAUCCCUGCCAGUGAGAUGGUGAUGAGAGCACAAGGCAACGUUUACCACCUGAAGUGUUUUACCUGUGCAACCUGCAGAAACCGGCUGGUCCCUGGUGAUCGCUUCCACUACAUCAAUGGGACGAUCUUCUGUGAACACGACAGGCCGGGAGGAGGCCUACUCAGCACUCACCCGGCACCACUGCAGGCCAACAACAUGAUGACUGAUCAGAAGGUCUGCUGAGGAACAUCAGAGGAACACCAGAGGAACGGAGAUGUGUGCCUUCUUCCCCACCCGCUGUUUGUCCGACUCUUCAUCACGUUUUCCUGAAUGUAAAACCUGCAGCUGCUCCGUAUGAGUUGAUCUUGCUCCUUUUGGAGGUCGAUAAUAGUACACCAUGAAGUCAUUCAUUGUGUGAUUUCUACGUCCCAAAAAACUCAGAAUUUGGAGGAGUGAGAUCUUGUCCAGUGCUUCAUGGACGGGUGGAGGAUGCUGGAGGACUUUUGUGUGUGUCUCAGACAGUCACAGCAAAGCAGACAUGCUGUAGUGUUCCCUCCACAUGGAGAGGAGCUGUGGGCUGGAGGACUAAUGUGGCCUCUCAUGUGCUUCUCGUUGCUGCAUGUUUCUCUCAGUCACAGAGAACGUAGCAGAAACACGUCUUAUGGAACAAAAAAGACAUUUUCUCUGUGUGACUGCAGAAAACACUUCAGUUUGUCUUUUUGGUAUUUGCAGACCUCCAGCCAGGCCGAAAACAUCUCCAGGGCUCCAACACAAAAAACGUCUAUUCUGGAAUCCUGGACAGAUCAAACAUUUCCCACCAGCUUUCGUAAUUUUUUGUUCUUCAUCCUGUGGACAAUCCCACAAACAGCUGUGGCUGAACAUGUGACCUCGCUGGCACAGUUUGCCUCUGACUCCGUCAUGAAGGAGCGCUCCAGUGGUGCUGCAUGAACUUCAAACUGCAUCAACGUUUUAACAGUUUUGUUUGUGAGGAAUUGAUGGUUUUUCUGCAAACCAAGAAUCAGUUACAAAAGAAGUGAACUCAAACUGACCUAAAAACAUGAUGUACUCAGAUUAUAAAGCAGCCUUUAUUUAUUCAAGACGUUUGUACAACAGUUGAGUUUAAAGCUGAUUUUUAUUGAUCUUCAGGCUGGUUGUCUGUUGGAUUUAUAAUCUCAACACUCGUGUUUGUGUGGAACAAAUAUGAACACUUUGUCUCCUCAUGAAUUCCUUUCUCUGUUAAAAUCUGUAGCCUGGGGGCUUCUUUUUAAUGAGUCAUGGUGCCAUGAUCCAGUGGUGGGCACAGUUCCGCUAAUCCGCUAACCGCUAAUUAUCGAAGCUAAUGUUUUAAUUAUUGGAUUAGCUUUUCAAACAAAGAGACAGAGGUGGUGAUUGAUUGUUUAGGUUUGUGAUUGUGGUGCUUUUGAAAGUUAGCUGUAGCUUCCAAUAAAUUUUUGGGUUGUUUAUCGGUUUAGCUUUAUAUAAGAUAACUUUUCAGUUAGCUGAUUAGCUGUUAUUGAAGCUAACUUUUUGGUUAGCUGUGCCCACCGCUGCCAAGAUCCUACGACAGCGUGUUCGGCUCACGGGGGGAAAACCAAUCACAGGUCAACCGUUACCAAAAGCUGUAAAUUACAACCCCAAAACAGAAAAAAAAAUGGAACAAUAUGAUAAAUGCAGGAAAAAAACUGAUUCUUAUGUUCACUUUGACUUCUGUUUCAUCAGACAGUUUGAACUCAAGACCUACUGGUCAACCAAGGAAAAACAUUUUGCCUGGAGUCCUACUUCAGCAACAAACAACAUUUGGAGCGUAAUUUGGGGAGAACAUAACUUUUAUGCAAAGCAACCAAGAUAACUGGAACUUUGGGUCAGUACACAGACUGAAGUUUAAGUAGGAUUUAUUACAAUUUUUAUGGGUUCUGUUUUUUUUGGGGGGCGGGGGGUCACCCUGUAUUUGUUAAUAUUCAUCUAUUCCCACAUUUAAGGCUUCAAACACAUUCCAAGAGAAAAAAGAUGGGAGGGGUCAGUUUAUUCUAAAUAAAAGGAUUAAAUUGUCAAUUUUACAAGUCAUGUGAUGAACACAUGAACAAUCACUGAGUACCGUACGUGUUGCACUUCAUUUACAUCAAACAUUAACAAAUACAAUGUGGUGUUGUGUGGUAAAUCAGUGUCAAGUAGGCACCUGUCAAAAAUUGAGUGCCCAUGAUGGAAGGAGUCUAAUGAGGGAAGCCACCAAGAAAGAAUUACAGGCUUCUGUGGAUGUGAGUGGAGAAACUGGGAAUGGUGCAGCAUUUGUCUGUUGUGUCCCCGUUCACAACUUUAUAUUGGCGUGGAGUCGAGAAAGAGUAUAACAGAUCUAGUCUAGGCUCAGGUUUCGCAUAGCUUUUGGGAAACUACCACUGAAAUUUUUGCAUGUUCCUUUUAAUAAAAUCCUUCUCUGUACCACUUCAUCAUGACGCUGUGUAACUGGUGAAGCAACAGACAAAAGCUUCAACAACAUCCACAACAGCCUUUAACUCCUUCAGAUUAGUCUGUGUGUCUUAGUGGCUUCCCUCACUUGUCUUCUUCCAGCAUGGUCACUCAGUUUUUCAGAACUGCCUAUUUACCGCAAAGCACCGCACUGAUUUUAUUUCUUAAUGAAAUGUUCCUGUCUUUGUUCCUUCACUUGUCUCAAGAAAACUGGCUGUAAAAGUGAUUCUUUAAUCCCAACUUUUUUUUUUAAAUGUGUCACAGGUUUUAAAUGCAGGAAUGGUUGUAUUUUAAUAAAUAAGAAGUUGAACACACAAAAAAAUCUUGUGUUCAUAUGAAAUAGAUGUCAAAGUAAAUAUAAGAAUAUCUGUGUGAUUAUUUUUUGGUUGUUUCUUUUAAUUUGCAUUUUCAAUGUCUCUAGUUUUUCUGAUUUGUGGUUGUAUGAUUUUAAUUUAAAACAAAAAAGUUUUAUUACACAUUGUUUUGAGAACAGUCAUAAUUAGUUGCAGUAGUUGGAGCCCUAAAGCGUUUUCUUUUUUGUCACAUGUAACUGGAUUGUAUUCCGCUGCAGUUACCCGAAGAUGAAAAAGGAUCAUUUCUGUGCACUUUGGUGGAAUGUCAGUGGGAAGCUUGUUGAAGGCUCUGAGUGCUUCGAAAUCCUGCCUCACAGUAAAAAAAAAAAAAAGACAUUUGGUUUCCGCCAAGCCUGAUUCCUUUCUGUGUGCAGUUUCUUCUCUCUG